AAUUCUGCCAUAUAUUUUCCAAUGCAAAGACCACAGACAAAGCAGAGCAGGUCAUCACUCGGCUCAGUGUGACGGGACGACACCACAGAAGAAUCGUUAUGAGAGAGACGUUUCAAUAUCUUCUGCUUGGUCAUCUCCUCAUAGCUGGUGUUGCCUCUGCCUGUGUUCCGUUCCAGUGUCUGAUAUGUAACAGCACAGAAAUGACUCGCGCAGGUGCUUGUCCCAGCUGUAACACUUCCUGCAUUCCGGAUGAACAAUAUGCAAAUAUUUCAUCAAGCUGCAAAAAAGGCGUACAGGUUUUUGCCAACCGCACUGGCUCUAACGUUGACGAGGGCAAAGACGUCAAAUUGAAAUGUGUCCAUGACCUCAAAGGGCAGGUGUGGUUGUUAGGAUGGAAGAUGGACGGGGAGGAAAUCUUGGAUAAACGAAACAAGAGCAAGAUAAGGCUGAAAAAAGUUUUGGCGCAUAAGUCGGGCAAGUACAGCUGCUUUGUGAACAGCACAUGUGGCUUUUUGGAGUCCGAGCCACAUGAUGUCACAGUUAAAAACAACAGUGUGAUCCUCCUAAUCGUCUGUGGGAUUUCAGCUUUGGCCCUGGUCGUGACUAUGGGACUGGUGUUAAAGUACAAAAUGAAAAGAGACAGCGCAAAACACAGAGAGAGGAUGGAGAUGAGGGCCCAGGAAGGGAGGCCUGGAGGUCCAGAUCCAAUCGGGCCGAGGGUCUAAACUCUCACUUUCAAAAUUUAUCAGUGCUGAUACUGUUUCACAAUCUGCUAUUAUAGUAAUUCAUAUCGAAAUAAAACUUCUUUAAUCCCUGUC